AUGGUGUUCGCAGCUUGCUACUCACAAGCUACAGUGCAUGUGUGGGCGGUGGCUCUCCCUGAUUGGUCCGCCACAGUACACGAGGACGAGACAGCAGGCCUGCUGCACGCUGCAUGGGCUCCGGACUCGACCCACCUGCUGCUCUCCUCGGACCACAGGCUCCGUGUGACUAUAUGGAAUGUGACUUCGAGCCAGUCUCCCCCAGUGCACAUCCCCCUGCCCAAGCACCCUGCAAGAGGAGGAGCACGAAGAGCAUCUGCUGUAGCAGGAGGGGGAGCGGGAGUGGGAGGGGGAGGGGGAGGGGGAGCAGCGGGGCAGAGUCGUGACGUGGUGAGCCUGUACGCUUGUGACACGUGGCAGGAGGUGGUUUGCUUCCGCACGGACACUGUGGACGCUGCUGACGUGGCAUGGGCGGCUGAGGGCAGUGGGGUUAUCGUCUGGGAUCACCCAAUGGAAUUCAGGCUGCUGCUCUUCUCACCCUCUGGCGAGCCCCAAGCACGCAUAGAGCUGCCCUGGCCGGGGCUGGGGGUCAGGGCUGUUGCCCCCUCCCCUGCCUUUUCACUUGGCGCUGCUUCGGGCUCCAUUGUCCCUUGCAACGCAAACAGCAGCAGCAGCAGCAGCACAGGCGGCGGUUCAGGUGCCCUGCCAGGUGCUUCUUCAGGUGCUCUGGUGGCGGUGGGUUGUUCGGCUGACCGCCUGCUGCGAGUCUUCCGGGCGGCGGACGGGCGGCCAGUAGUGGAGCUGCCGCACGCGCCAGCUGUCAAAAUCCCACUGGCUGCUGCCGCCGUGGUGUACGAGGAAUGCCUUGGGGUUUCUGAAGCUGCCACCACUAUGGCACCAGGAGCCCACGAGGAGGAAGACGUGGAAAUCGUUUCAUACAGGGUGCUUGAGCUGCCCGUUCAGCUGCCCGUCCAGAAGCCUCCAGUUGACAAGCCCAACCCAAAACAAGGAGUUGGUAAGUCUGUGCUCGGGGUCCCAUACAGUGGAGUGCCAACGGGUCUCAUACAGUGGAGCGCCAACGGGGAGUACCUAGCCACGCGCUGCGAUGACAUCCCGACCGUCCUUUGGAUCUGGGCGGCACGACGCAAGUUUGAGCUGGCGGCGGUGCUGCUGCAGCAGCCGACAGAGGAGGAGGCAGCCAUUGCAGACCCAGAGGAGGAAGAUGAAGGGGAAGAGGAGGAGGGAGGAGGGGAGCAGCAGCAGCAGCAGCAGCAGCAAGGAGGGAAGACACCAUAUUCAGUAGCUUACUGUAUUCACAAGCGAGAUGAGGAGGCUUUGGAGAGCAGAGACCAUGAUGACAGGGAUAUAGACAGGCUGGAUGCGCCUACGGGCAGUGCAGAUGCUGACUUGACUCGCCUCACACUCCCUCUGGCCGCGUGCUCUCCCCGUACCUACCGCUUCUGCUCUUUCGUUUGCCCUCACUCUGCUCUCCCUUUCUUCCCGCCCUCACAGGAUGCUGUAGAGGAGUUCACUGCGAGGAGGACUGAUGCUGUAGCAGAGUUCAUUCACAAGCGAGAUGAGGAAGCUUUCGAGAGCCUAAGGGACGUGCGUGUGCGCCUCACGUCUCCCUCUAAGGGCGGUGGAAAAGCUGCUGAUGACAGUACCGGUGCCUCUGAUAAGGGCACAGGCGGUACAGUCACUCGCCUGGAGCUACACUUCGGCCCCAACGCGUUUUUCUCUAACAAAUCGCUCUAUAUUGAGACUGUGGAGGUGGCUACAGGAGGAGACGGAGAGGAGGGGGAAAUGGAGGAAGGAGAGGGGGAAGGGGGCGGAGGGGGAGGGGGAGGAUUGGUGGUGGUGGUGAAAGAGGUGUCGGAGAUUCAGUGGAAGAGCGUUGAGAAGAAUCUGACGCUGCGACAGAUUGUGAAGGCUGGGAAAAAGGGAAAGGGUGGCAAGGGGAAAAAAGGAGCAGGUAGGAAAGUGGAGCCUCCUGCGACAGUCAAGUCCAAGCCCUGCCCCUCCUUCAACUUCUCCAUUCCCUCCCUCGUUCCCUCUCUCUUGCAAGCAACCCCCUUCCCCUUGUUCUUGCGCUCCCAUCCCUUUGUUUUUCCACCACAGGGUGACAAGGGGACGAAAGGAGCAGGUAGGGAAGCCGAGCCUCCUACCACAGGUGGCAAAGGGAAGAAAGGAGCAGGUAGGGAAGCGGAGCCCCCUGCCACAGUCAAGACCAAGCCCUGCCCUUCCUUCUUCAACUUCUUCACUCUCUCGCGCAACAUGCGAGGGAAUAAAGCCAUGGCUCAGCACAGCAGCAAGGGGGGGAGGAUUAGAGGGGGGGACGGAGAGGAGGGGGAAGAGGGGGAGGAGGGGGAUGGGGAGGAAGGGGAGGAGGAGGGGGAGGAGGGUUUGGAGGGGAUGCCUGUGUUCGGGGGGGAGGAUCUGGGGGAGGUGGUUCUGAGGGUGCCUCAGGAGCGGGUGUUAUCUGAUGGCAAGAUGGACGUCUGGCAGGCGCUGUGCAAUGAGCUGAUGUUAUUUGAUGGCAAGAUGGACGUGUGGCAGGCGCUCUGCAACAAGGUGUGUGCCGUUUCAGUGCGGUGCAAUGGUGUUUGGGCAGCUGAUCUGUUCACGAGCGGGGGCUUUUGGGAGGAAGAGGGCGGCAGGGGGGGUAGUGAUGAUGAUGAUGCUUCCCCAACCUCCCUUCCCCAUUCACUUGCCCCCUUACCUUGCCCUCUCCCUUCCACAUUCUCUCAGGUGGUACCCAGGGCAGCUGAUCUGUUCACGAGCGGGGGCUUUGGGGAGGAAGAGGGUGGCGUGGGGGGCGGUGGUGGUGGUGAUGAUGAUGAUGCUGACGUGGCAGACGAUGAGGGGUACGAGCACGUUCGGCGCCCAUCUUCCGGACCUCAUCGGCUGGUUCGGCUCCGGAUCAGAGCGUUAAAGCACCUUCAAGAGAAGCAGCAGCAGGGAGAGCAGGCAAGGGAGGCCACCAUCGCCGCUGCUCGCGCCUCUCUGAGUGAACGCUCUUCUGGCAUCUUCGCUCGGCGCAAGGCGGUUGUGGUUGGCCCCAAGGCCCUCGACAGCGGUGACCCCUCCCACGCCCAUCUCCCCCGCUUCUGGCUGCUUGUCCUGCGCUCCGUGCCCUGCCUUGUCGAGACCAUUCGCCGCCGCGACCACCCCCUCCUCGCUCACCUCUCAGACAUUCGCUGGAGGCCACUCAAGGGGAGAGAAGGAGACGAAGGGGAGGAGGGAGUGGAGGGAGGGGAGGAGGGGGAUGGGGAGAGGGGAGGAGGUGGAGGGAAGGGUGAGAAGGCCGAGUGUGGGAAGGGGGAGUCGGGGUUUGUAAUAGAUUUCGAGUUCCUGCCCGGAUGCAAGGAAUGGAUGGCCAAUCGCGUGCUUUCGAAGGCCUACUUUUUCCAAACCCGGGCAGGCACUGGCGGUGGUGGUGGCGGCGGCGCCGGGGCAGGAGGUUCAGCGGGCGCCGAGGCUGGUGGGUUGGUUCGGGUGGAGUGUAGGACGCCAAUCUUGUGGGAGGAAGGGAUGGAGUUGACGCUCAAGGAGGUGCAGGACAGCAAAGGCCGGCUGCGAGUAAAACCCUGCCCCAGCUUCUUCCAGCUGUUUGACGACAAUCGCUGCCACCUGGCGUUCGCUGGUGACGAGGCGGUCCACCUGUUGGCCUCUGAGUUGCUGGAGAGGGAGGCCGACGUGGCACUGACCCUGCGUGAUGUGGCGAUCCCGCGUGCUGCUGAGCUGUACUGGCAGGCAAAGGAGUGGGAUCAUGGGGAUGAGGAGGACGAGGAGGAGGAAGAGGAGGAAGUGGAGUCAGGAGAAGAAGAUGAUUAUAACGGAGACAAGCCAAAGGGCGCUUUGAGUGACGCAGCUAUCCGGAAGAAGCUUCUGGAGAGGAAGAAGAGGAAGAAGCGGGGAGGGAAUGAUGGAGACGAGGACGAUGAUCAUAGGGAUAAUAGACGUGGGGACGUGUCGGGUGCUGAUUAUAUCGAGGGGCGGAUGCCUCUCGGUUUUGCGGAAUCCCAAGAGGUGGAACGCAGACACAUGCCUCCUUCCGCGCAUGCACCCCCAUCCGCGCAUGCGCCUUCCACCGCGCCCUCCGCGCAGGCACCCGCGCUGAUGCCCCUCCCGAACGGCGCGCUGUUCGGUUCCGCCAUGCCCCUGCAGCAGCAGCAGCAGCUGCUCCAGGCGCGCGACGGGGAGGGUGCGCAAGCGCAACUCCAUGCGCCGCAGCAGGGGCUGAAGGCGCCGCUACAAGCGCCGCAGCAAGCGGGCCAGACCGGGGUUUUCAACGGUCACCAGACAGAAUCUCUAGGCAGUAAUGUUCACAAUCCGAUUCAUGGAUCGGGGUUUGGGGGAAUGGGUGGGGCGGCGGGAGGCGCUGCGCCCGCGGAGCAGUCAGGCGUGCGGGUGGCUGAGCAGCAGCAGGGACAGGCGCAGCUAGCGCAGCAACAACAGCCGCAGUUUCUACAGCCACAGUCGUACCAGCCCGCGCAAAUCCCACCGCAGUACGCGCCGCAGUAUUCGCAGCAGCAGACGUUUGCGCAAGGGAUGCAAGACAACUCGUCGUUGUCGUCGAUGUCUCUUCCUCUGCCUACCGCUCCCUCUCUCGCCCCGCCUCAAAGCGUCACAGGCAGCAGCGCACCGGGACCCAGCGCCUCCGCGCAAUUUCUUUCCCCGUCCAACGGGAAUCAGCAGUCCAUGCAAACACACCCACAACAGUACCAGCAGCAGCAGCAGCCGCCGCCCCCCCAGCAUCCGCAAUACCAACCACAUCAGCAGCAACAGCAGCAGUAUCCUCCCCACCAACCACAGCAGCAGCAGCAGCAGCAGCCGCCGCCGCAGCAACAGCAGCAGCAACUGCAGCAGCAGCCCAUCGUGCCCCCGCUCCUCCACCUUCCCCUUCCCGCGCUCUCCGAAGCCCCCGCGGCCCCGGCUCUCGCUUCCCCGCCUUCGUUGUCCUCCAAGUCCCCCGCGGAGGUUCAUCCGCCAAUGGAGCCGCUUCCGCCGCUGCUUCCGCCCCCCGCCAACCUCAACUCUUCCGCCACCGCCGCACCGUCGUUCCCGUCAAUCGGCCGCCUCCUUCCUUCGCUUGCGCACAACACCCGCGGGCUCCCUUUUGGCGGAACGGGCGCAAUCGGAGCAAGCUCCACGGGGAACGCCGCGGGUGCCGCCGCGCCGCCGCCGACCACCACCGCUAACUACACGACUCCCGCGGGCCGGUUGCGCGUGGGUUCUCACCUUCCCCUACUCGGCGGACGGUUCCGCUUCCGCGCAACGAUCUCGGAAGGCGGGUCUGCGCGCGUGUUCGAGGCGGUGGAUACCGCAGGCAGCUCCGCGGCUGGGGCAAGCGGAGCGGGCGCGCUCGGGGGAUUACCAACGGCGUCUGAUCUCCAACGGGCGUCGAAUCAAAACCAAAGUCAGAUACAACCGACCGUUGUGAUCAAGGCGAUGCACCGGCAGUAUCGUGAGGUGGGACGGCAGGAGCUACAGCUGCUACAUAUCCUCAACUCGCUUCUGCCGGCCGCAGUUGGCGGCUCAGAAAACGGGAGCGCGGAGAGCGGGGAUCGAGAAGCUGACGGCUGUCCCGUUGUGCGGCUGAUUGAACCAGGAGGAUUUGAUUUUUCCGGGCACAUGUGUUUGGUGUUGGAGAAGCUUCACGGGUCGCUCCUCGAUUACCUCUGUCGCCGGGCCGUUGAAGACGCCUCCGCGAAACCCGCCGCAUCAGCCACCGCGUCUCCCGGCGGUGCUUCCGCGUCGUGCACUUGCGCGGAUCCCGUUGCGGAGGGCGCGCGGAGCGGACCAGUUGCGCGCGCGCCAGCGUUCCCCGACAGAGUGGAGGACGUCCGCGCGGUUGCGCGCCAAGUGCUCACGGCGCUCGCGGCGGUCCAUUCGAUCGGGUUCAUCCACGGGGAUAUCAAGCCCGAAAAUAUCCUCCUUGCUGCUCCAAUUCCAAGCGGAACCGCUGCGGUUGCUGCAGGGGCGUCGGGUUCGGGGGGGCGAGUUUGCCCGGUGCAUUCCCCGCGGCCGGCGCCGCUGAAUAUCAAACUCGCUGAUUUUGGAAAUUCGUUCAUGCAGCGGCAGGUGAAGGACUUGUGUCGGGAUUUUGAUGUUCAGACACUCGCGUACCGGGCACCUGAAGUUUUGCUCGGGCUGCCCUUUGAUAAGAGUAUCGAUCUCUGGUCGCUGGGGUGUGUUCUUUCGGAGCUCGCGAUUGGCCGGUUGCUUUUCGUCUGCGAUUCGCCCGCGCAGCUGCUUCGCCAGAUGGUGGAGAUGCUCGGGUUACCUCCUCCCGCGAAGCUGUUUCGCAACGGAAAGCUCUUCCCCCAGAUGGCAAGGAGCGCGCGCGUGUACCCGUCGCAGCAGCUGGAGGAGAUCGCAGGAGAAGCGGACGGAGAGGGCGGGAAGGGCGGGAAGGGCGUGGGCGACGACGACUCAGCGGAGAAGAACCAUGCGACAAUUCGGCGUGGUCGACUUGGCCGAAUGCUGUUACAACACGAUCCUCUCAUGGCGGAGCUCAUUUUUUCCUUGAUGGAGUACGACCCAGCUAAACGCCCCUCUGCUCAGCAGGCGCUACUUCAUCCUUUCAUCCAGGCCUCCCAGAACGCGCAACCAUCUGCGCCUCCGCCCGUCCCCUCCUCCGCCGCCCCCUCCGCCUCCGUCCCCGCCUCCCCCGCGCUUAACCCGCUCCCUGCCUUCACCGCCCCGCGCAUCGCACCUCCAAUCAAACCCGAGCCUGUCUUCGAGCGUUCCGCCUCCUACCCUCUCACGUCAGGCUCGGCAGGAGGUUCGGCAGCAACCGGACCUGAGCCAAUGGCUCUGGAUUCCAGGCCUGUGCCUGUGUUCUCCCUUGGGAGCGGUCUCCCAGCCACUGGUCAAUCUGGUGCUGCUGCUUCGGACUCGAAGACUCCCGGCGACGCUCUUCAUCUGAAGCAGCUGUCCCAGAACUCUCUCUUUUCCCGUGCUGCAUCGUUUCUUCAAUCGUUCAAGGUGUCCGUUCCCACCCCUGCUGCCGCUGCUGCUUCUCCGGGGAGCGGGAUCGGGGGGAGCGGAAAUGGGAGCGGUGGGAAUGGGGGGGUUGGGAAUGCGGCGGCAGCAAGAGGGGGAGCGGGAGGCGGAGGGGUGCUGGGCGGGGUUGGUGCCGGGGGAAGCGCUGGGGUCGGGGCAGCGGGGGCGGGGGAAGCGGCUGGGGGGUCGAACCAGCAGCAGCAGCUGCUGCAGCAACAGCAGCAGCAGCAGCAGCAGCAGCAGCAGCAGCAUCAGCAACAAUUGCAGCACCAACAGCACCAAUGGCAGCAGCAGCAGCAGCAGCAGCAGCAAUUGCACCACCAACAACAGCAGCAGUUGCAACAAGCAUAUGUCUCAACACCAACUUCUGUCACCACCACUAGCAGCAGCAACCCCACCCACCGCAUCUCCCAACUCCCCUCCCUCACCCCCCUCCCCAACCCCGCCCUCCCCCUCCCCCCUCCGCGCGCCCCCCCCGCUACCCUUCCCUCUGCAUCUGCGCCCUCCCCUUCCUACCCCCCCUCCCAUCCCCCACAAACCCCCGCUCUCCGCCCCUACCCCUCCACUCCUUACACUCACCCCCAAACCCAUCCCAGCCACCUCAACACUCCUGCAGCCACCCCCGUUACAAGCACACCUGCGUCUCUCCCUCCUCCCGUCUGCCCCUCCCCGUGCAUUCUCCCUGCCGCCGCUGCUUCCUUCAAAAACCCCCAGCAGCAGCAACCCUCUCGGUCCCUGUCUCUGUCUGCUGUGGCCAGCCCAGCAAACGGAACCAUGGGGAAGGAGCAAGGACAAUAUAACAGAAGCACGAGCAGUUAUGGGAGUUUGAUGCAACAGGCGUUGCCAGAGGGCGGACAGGUGCAGGGCCAAGGGGGAGCGACUCUCCCAGUAAGGGCCCUCACCUCUUCUGCCUCUGCGCCUGUGCAUGGGUCGAUGCUGCUUUCUGCUGCCUCUGCCGCUGCUGCUGCGGCGGCUGACGUUUCUUCUGGUGCUAAUAACGGAGGUGCUAAUAACGGAGGUGCAUGUGGCGCUGCUCCUGCUGCCUCUCUCCCCGUGGGCAUAGCCACUCCGUCUUAUGUCACUCCCGCUGCGGUCACACCCGCUGCGGUUACUUCAGUCGCUCACACACCAGGCACUCCUGCUGCUCCAUCCCUCACUCCCACGCUUCAACAUUUCAUGGGCCCUCCUCCUGGUCCCUCUGCUGCUUCUUCUCCUGCAGUUUCGGCUGCUGCUAAUGCUGUUGGUGGUGCUGCUAGUGGUGUUGGCAGUGGUGCUUCUUCCCCUGCUACAUACGCUGCAGCCAAUGCUGGUAACAGCAUGAGCAGAUUUGGCCUUCAGCCGCAGCAGCAGCAGCAGCAGCAAGUGGGCGGCGUUGCUCGUCCGCACAUGCCGCCCCACCUUACCCACUCCCAGUCCUUCCCUACCUCUCACCCAUCUUCCCAUCCCUCCUCCUAUCCUUCACCUCACUCUCAUUCCCGAGGGCGGCUCUCUCCUCAUGUUCAACACACCUCUUCUCCUGCCUCUUCCGUUUCUCAGCACCAAAACUAUCAGCAGCAGCAGCAGCAGCAGCAGCAGCAGCAGCAGCAGCAGCAGCAGCAGCAGCAGCAGCAGCAGCAGCAGCCGCAGCAGCCGCAGCAGCCGCAGCAGCAGCAGCAGCAGCAGCAGCAGCAGCAGCAGCAGCAGCAGCAGCAGCAGCAGCAGCAGCAGCAGCAGCAGCAGCAGCAGCAGCAGCAACAGCAAUACCUGCAGCAGCAAUACCAACAGCAGCAACAGCAGCAGCAGCAGCAGCAGCAGCAACAGCAGCAGCAAUACCAGCAGCAGCAGCAACAGCAGCAGCAGCAACAGCAAUACCAGCAGCAACAGCAAUACCAGCAGCAACAGCAGCAGCAGCAGCCGCAGCAGCACCAUCACCAGCAGCAGCAGCCGCAGCAGCACCAUCACCAGCAGUAUUACCAGCAGCAGCAGCAGCAGCAGCAGCAGCAGCCGUUAGCCUCUCACCCUUCCUCCUGUCAAGCUCCUGCCAGUCCCGUCAGCAGCGCCUCUACUGCUUUCCGUCCUGCACCCACUCCCACCCUCCGCCCUGCCCCUGCCCCUGCCCCUGAUUACGCCUCGCCUCCUGCCGCUGGCGCUGGUGCUGCCAGUGCUGCUGGUUCUCGUGCUUCUCCUGCUCCAGCUGUCGCUGCUGUCUUGGCUCUUUCUGGUUACCAGCAGCAGCAGCCACAGCAGCAGCCGCAGCAACAGCAGCAGCAGCAGCAGUAUGAGCAGCAAUACCAGCAAUCGCAACAGCAGCAGCAGCACAAUCAAUACCACCAGCAGCAGCAGCUGCAGCAGCCCUUCAGCCAUUUCCCUCAGUCUGCUGCUCCUGCCACCGAACCUGCCUCCGGCCAAAUCUACCAGACUCCAUACCAAGCCUCCACUGCAGGCCAGGUACCUGCCACGCCUUCCCGCUCCGGUUUGGCUGCGCCCUCUUCUGCCGAACCUGCAGGUUCGAUGGGUGCCCCUCCCAUACCUGCUGCUACAGGUAUGGGCUCAGGAAGAGGAAAUUAUUGGGGUGAUUCUCCCGCCAACACUUACGUAAGUGCUGCUCCCAGUGCAUCUGCACUUAGUGGGGGUCCUUCCAUCCGCUUGCUGUCUAUCCCCACCGCAUCUCCUGCCACGUCAUCCAUGUCUGCCGGGCCUGCCACGUCAGCUGGCCGCGCUGUGUCAGCAGCACCUGCCACGUCAGCGGGCGGCGCUCGGUCCCCGCAAAGGGGUGCUGUGUCGUCUGGCUCGGCUGGCAUGCUGAGGCUGCCAGGUGGCAUGCCACAUCAGCAGCAGCAGCAGCAGCAGCAGCAGCAGCAGCAGCAGCAGCAGCAGCAGUAUUCAGAGGGGCAUUCAUGCAUGCAGCAGCAGGUGCGGCACCAGCAGCAGCAGGGGCAGCAGCAGCAGCAGUUCAGCAUGCCUGUUGGCAUUGCCAGGCCUUCAGUUUCAGCCAGCCGACCUCUGCAAACUCAGCAGCAGCCGCAGCUGCAGCAGCAACAGCAGUGUCAAAUGCACCAACCGCAGCAGCCGUUUCAGCUGCAAACGCAGCAGCAGCAGCAGCAGCAGUAUCAGCAACAGUGGCAGCAGCAGCAGCAGCAACCAGUGCAGCAGCAGCAGCAGCAGGUGGGGCAAUUCACAUCGGUGGCUGGCGAUUCAAACGGAUACCAGAUGCUCCCAGUCUCCUCCUUCACUCUCCCUCCUUCCCAACCAUCUGCUCCAGCCCCUUCUGGUCUGGACCAAUCACCGACUGUUGGAGCGGCAAGAGAAGAAGGAAGGGAAGAUGGAGGGACAAGCCCUGGCGUGCAGCAGCAGCAGCAGCAGCAGUUUCAACUGCAGCAACAGCAGCAGCAGCAGCCAGAGGUGGUGUAUUCAAGCUACAUCCCCACCAGCAGCUACGUUAGCAGCUACAAUCGAAGCUCUGGUCUUUCCAAUACCAACACUCUCACCCCUCCUGGUCCGGUAGGGAGCCUGGGCCUUGGCGUGGGGUCCGGUAGUGCUGGUUACAGGGAUAGCCACAAUGAGAGUAACAGUGGCGGGAACACAACAGCUUCGGUUCACGACUCCUAUGCUGCUGGUGCUGCUGCUGCUUCUGGUGCUGCUGGCGCUGCUGGUGGAGGUGUUGUUGGGGCAGGAGAUGGGGGUUUCGGGGUUGGAGUAGCAGCAGAGGCUAUGGAGAGGGGAGCAGGGGAAGACAGGAGUUACUCUUUCCCUAGUGGCGGUGUGGUGGCGCCUGCCGACCCUGCUGCUCUGUUUGGUGCUCCGCAGCAGGAACAGCAGCAGCAGCAGCAGCAGCAACUGCAGUGGCAGCAACCGCAGCAGCAGCAGCAGCAGCAGCAGCAGUCAAUGCUCCCAGUGCCUUACAACGUUACAGCAGGGGCAUGUGAAGGGGAGGCCACUGCAGCAGCAGGAUCCGCAGCAGGAGGAGCAGCAGCAGCAGCAUGCACACCCAAAUCCCGGACACUCAACGCUGAUCUCACAGAUCUCCUCGAGAUGGACGGUGGGGAUGAGUUGGGGGAGCAAGGCGAGGCUGCGAGAGCCGUGGAUGGAAUAGACGACGAGAUCCUAGGUGGACCGUUCAAAAAGCCACGACUCUGGGACGAGAGGGAGGAGAUGGUGGGGGGGAUAGCGGGCGUUUCAGCCUCUUCCCCCUUCUCCUGCUUUGGCCGCCUGUCCCCUCUGUCUCUCACAGAGGAGAGAGCAGAGAGCGGAGGGGAGGGGGGCGAUGGGACGGAGAUGGUGGGGGAACCGGGGAACCGGGGGGGAGGGAUCAUGGGUUUCGAUAUGAAGGGGGCUUCGUGGGACUUUCUGGACGGGUGUUUGGAUUUCAUUUGA